ACACUGUUGGACAUAGCUCACCAGCUGGAUGUGGGAGUGGGGCUACUGUCUGUGGUGCUUCUGACUAGAGCCAUUGGAGGAGUGAUAGGUACUGUGGCCUCUGGUGUCCUCAUGGACAGGUUCCCAAGGCUUCAGUACACUCUACUCUGCUGCUUCCUUUUUGGUGGAAUUGCAGCAAAUAUCUUGGUUCCUGUCGCAGUGCAUGUUGCAAUGCUAACAGUCAUCAUGUUUUUCAUGGGAAUGACCCUAGGAGGCUUGGAUAACGGGGCUCAUGCUAUUCUAAUGAGACUGUGGGGUGAAAAGUCUGGUCCGUGCAUGCAGUUUCUUCAUGCUGCGUAUGCCGUGGGAACAUUCCUAGCUCCACUCAUAGCCAAGCCAUUCAUUACUGACAUCCCUGACACUCAGGAAGACUUCAAUACUUCACAAGUGUUCAACAUAUCCUGCAGUAAUGUAUGGACCUCAAAUUGUGAGAACAUCUCAUAUGUUGAAUGUGCCUGCCUUGACUCUAUAACUGAGGUUUGCAAUGGGACAUCUUCAGCAGUAAUUGACGUCUACUAUGAUACCCUCAGCAACCAAACAAAUUGCUCACUAAUUGAGGAGCGUGAUAAUAUUACCUUGAGGUAUGGGUGGGCCUACUGGAUAUCAGCCAUGUUCUUUGUUGUUCCUCUCCUGGUUUUUACCUACUACUCCAUCAGAUAUGACAUGACUCACUGCUUCAAGAUGAGAAAGAAUGAAAGUACAGGAGGCAGUCAAACUAAUACGGCCACGGAAAAUGAAGACACCAGUCAGGUCGAGCUAAAUGAAGUAGCUGAUGACAAAGUGGAACUGCUUGAAGAUAGCGAAGUUACUGUUGCGUUGGAAGACAGUACUCCUUCAAGGGCACCAGUCACUCUCAAGACAUACAAGUAUCCGGCAUUUUUCCUUCUCUUCUGGUUCAUGUUGUGCUAUGUUGGAUCAGAGAUCUCGUACGGGAGUCUCUUGUUCACGUUCAGUGUCAAGAGCCAGCUUCAAUUGGACAAACAGACUGCAGCUACAGUUACAGCCGUGUUUUGGGGACUUUUCCUGUUCAUGAGAGUGUUUUCAAUCCCCCUAGUCAUGUUGAAAGUUAGGGCAUCGGUAAUGAUGACACUCAAUGUCUCGGGGAGUGUGACAGCAAUCCUCAUUCUCGCCAUCUUUCCUCACAACCGUAUAGCAGUUUGGGUAACGUCUGCUCUCCUCGGUGGCAGUUUUUCCUCCGUCUCCCCCAAUGCAAUGACCUGGAUGAGUGAACACCUACCAGUCAAUGGAAAAGCAACCGCCGUUUUAAUUGGAGGUGCAUACAUCGGCGAUAUUUUACUUCCCUCUGUGAUUGUGGUUCUAAUUGGCAAUGUGCAUCCAGACUAUUUUGUCUACAGCAUUCUGAGUCUUAUAGUACUCUCAAUGACCCUACUGGUACUGCUCUUUGUAAUGACAGGCAUCUAUCAG